AUGGUUCGUUUUGCUAGCAGCUCCUUUGUUGCAGAGACACCUAGUCAUUCCCCCCCGUCUUCUGCAGCAGCAGCAGCAGCAGACGAAGAAGAAGAAGAUUCAGCAGCAUCAUCAUCAGCAGCAGAGGAGGAAGAAGAAGCAGCAGCAGCAGCAACAUCAUCAUCAGAGGAAGAACCAGCAGCAGCAGCAGCAGCAGCAAGAUCCUGGAGGUCACAAAGAGAAUCUUCUCUCUCCCCUCCUGCUGCUGUUGCUUCUCUCUCCCCACCACAACUGCAGCAAUCACAGUUAUACAUGCAGCAGGAGCAGCAGCAGGAGCAGGAGCAGCAGCAGCAGCAACAGCAGCAGCAGCAGGAGCAGCAGCAGCAGGAGCGGCAGCAGCAGCACCUGGAGGAGCUUAUGCGAUCUAUUGUAAGCAAAUCAGCAGCAAGAAGAUCUGCUGCUGCUGCUGCUGCUGCUUCUUCGCAGCAGCCUGUGGAGUCGGGAUCGUCUUCCUUUGAAUCGGUACAGCAGCAGCAGCAGCAACGGCAGCAGCAGCAGCAGCAGCAGCAGUCAAGUAGCCGAGAGGACCGCAGCGCAGAGUUCGAUAAGGGACUGUCUCUUCUUAUGCGCUCUUUUGCAGAGAGCAGAAGGGCAAAAUCUCCCCACGACUCUGCUGCUGCUCCUGCUGCUGCUGCUGCUGCUGCUGCUGAGGAACCUGCAAGCCCCGUUGCAGCAGCAGCAGCAGGUCAUCAAGGUCAAGGAGGGACAAAAGGAGACUCAGGGUUGCUGUCUCCCUCCAGAGAAAAGCAAAAACGCCUACCUCCUCCCCCUCCUGCUGCACCUGCUGCAGCAACACCAGCAACACCAGCAGCAGCAGCAACACACGAGUCUGCUGCAUCAGCAGCUACGGGGGGGUCCCGUUCCCUCAGGGAGCCACAGAAGCCACAGCCCCCACCACCGUCGCCAGCAGCAGCAGCAGCAUCAGCAGCAGCACCUCCUCCCCCUGUGCUGCGUGACUCAACGAGCAGCAGUUCGACCAAGAGAAAGCAGCAGCAGCAGCAACAGCAGCAGCAGCAGCAACAGCAGCAGCAGCAGCAGCAGCAGCAGCAGCAGCAGCAGCAGUCUCCUAGGUCAGGUUCCGCAACCAUGUCAAGUCCACCAGUAAGAUCGCCAGCAGCAUCUCCUCCUCCUGCUGCAGCAGCAGCACCAAAGAGAGCAGCAGCAACAGCAGCAGCGGCUCCCCCUGCAGCUAGACGGGGAGGCCCUACUGCCGACGACAGCAUGAGCAGCAGUUUAAGCAGCCUUCUUGACAGCAGAAGCAGCAGCGCCAGCAGCAGCAGCAGCAGCAGCAGCAGCAGCAGCUCGAGCAUUUUAGCAGCAGCAGCAGCUCGAAGGUCCCCUAAAAAUGCUGCUUCUGCUGCACAGCAGCAGCAGCAGCAGCAGCAGCAAAGGGAGACAGACACCCGAAGGGGCAAACUAAGGUCCUCUUGGGAUGAGCUCUUAGAUUCUAGCAGCAGCAGCAGCAGCAGCAGCAGCUCGGGUGUCUCCUCUUAUGAGGAGACACCACGGGACGACGUGUCUCUGCAGCAGCGGCAUGCAGCAGCAGGAAAGCCCCAUGGCCGCAGAGGGGACAGCAGCAGCAGCAGGUCCCCCUCUACAGCUCAACGUAAGAAAAAGGGAAGCAAGGGAACAACAGUAGAUCCUGCUGCAGAAGCUGCAGCAGCAGCAGCUGCUGCUGCUGCUGCUCGAGCUGCAGCAAAGAAGCAGAGGCGGCGGAGGUCUGCUAAUCCGGAGGACGAGCACAACUACCAAAGAGGUGAUAUCCACAGCAGCAGCAGCAGCAGCACCAGCCGCAGCAGCAGCAGCAGGUGCAGCAACAGCAGCAGCGGCAGCAGCAGCAGGGGACAGAGGCAUGGGAGGUCAGCUCCUCCUCGUGCCUCUAGUAAGGACAGCAUAAGCGGAUACGAGCAGCAGCAGCUGCUGCAGAUGCUGCAGCAGCUGCAAGGUAAGCACAGACAGCACCAAGAGCAGCAGCAGCAACUGCAGCAGCUGCAGCAGGCUCUCCCCUGCAACACAGUAAUGAGUAGGAACCGUCUGCUUCGCAUGCAGCGCAGCAGCGGGCAGCAGGUGCUGCUGCAGCAGCAGCGGCAGCAAGCUAUGCUGCAGCAAUCUGGUGCUCAGCUGCAGCAAGAGAGCGAGGCAUUGCAUGAGGAGGAGCAACGUCUGCUGACAGCAUUAGCAGCAGCAGCAGCAAGACAGCAGCAGCAGCACAGAAGAGCAGCAGCACUAUUAGAUGGACAAGCAGCAGUGCAGCAGAACGAGAUAGAUUUGCUGCGCAUGCAGCUAAGCAACAUGCGUGCUGCACUAGAGAGCUGCAGAGCAGCAGCAGAGACAGAGAGGCAGGAAUUCUUGCAGCUUGCUGCUGAGCUACGCAUGCAGCAUAGAUACAGCAGCAGCAGCAGCAGCAGAGGAGGAGGAAGACGAAGACUCAUGAUGCUGCUGCAGCAGCAGCUGCAGGAUUAUAACGAUAUGGCUGCUAAGGCGCAGCAGCAGCGGGAGAGGAGUGAUGAGCUACUGCAGCAGCAGCAGCAGGCAUCUGCAGAGGCUGCUGCUAGUCUGCAACAGGAGCAGCAGCAACAGCAGCAGCAACUGCAUGCAAAGUACUCUAUGAUGAUGAGUAGGGACAUGCAGCAGCAGCAGCAAGUAGGACAAUCACUAGCAGCAACACAAGAAAGAGAAAAGGCAUUAAGGGAGAAGGAGCAGCAGCUACGUUAUGAGUAUGAGCAGCAGCAGCAGCAAUAUCAGCAGCAGCAGCAGCAGUUAAUGGAGCAGCAGCAGCAAGAACAUCUUGCUGCACUAGAAGCAGAAAGGGAGAAGCAGCAGCAGGAGCAGCAGGAGCUGCUGCAGGAAUAUCAGCAGCAGCUAGCUGAGCUGCAGGCAUUGAAGCAGCAGCAGCUAGAGGAGCAGCAGCAAAUAGAAGCAGCACUAGAGCAGCAGCGGCAGCAACUGCAGCAGGAGCAGCAGGAGCUAGAAGAAGCUCAUAGACAGCAGCAGCAAGCCUUAGAAGAUGAACUGCAGCAGCAGCAGCAACUGCAGCAGCAGCUGCUAGCUGAGCACGAGAGGCAGCAGGAGUUACUAGAGCUGCAGCGGCAGGAACUAGAGCAGCAGAAGCAGCAGCUGCUGCAGGAGGAGCAGCAAAGAGCAGCAGAAUAUGCAAAACAAGCAGAAGAAUUGCAUCAGCAGCAGCAGCUCAUGGAGCAGCACGACUUCGAGGUGCAGCAGCAAAGGCAGCAGCUGCUGUUGCUGCAGCAGCAACUCCAUGAUCAGCAGCAAAUCGUGCUGCAGCAGCACGAGGGAGAUGGUCAACACCCAGAGGGACAAAUGCAUGCAAAUGAGCAGCUGCUGCAGCAGCAGCAAGAACUGCUGCAGAAGCAGAUGCAGCAGCAGCUACUGCAGCAGCAGCAGCAACUGCUGCAGCAACGGCAGCAAGAACAUAUGGAGUUAGAGCAACUUAAGCAAAGACUGAUGGAGGAGCAGGCGCAUGCAUCGCAGCUGCAGCAGCUACAGCUGCAGCAGUUGCAGCAGCAGCAACAGCAACUAGAGCAGCAAAGUCUGCAGCAGCAACAAAUGGAGGAGCAGCAAAGGCAGCUGCUGCUGCUGCAGGAGGAGCGUAGUAGGCAGCAGCAAAUGCAGCAGCUAGCAGCAGUGCCUGCUUCUCCUGUUGCAGCAGGCAUGCAGCCACUAGACCAGUUGUCUUCCUCGAUGCAGCAGCAGCAACUGGAGCAGCAGCAGAAACAAAGCGGUCUGCUGCCUCCCCUGCAGCAGCAGCAGCAGAAUGGUCUGCCCCCUCAGCAGCAGCAACAGAGCGGUCUGCUGCCUCAGCAGCAGCAGCUAUUUGCACAGCUGCAGCAACAAGGAGACAUGAAGCCGCUGGUGCUGCAGCAGCCACUGCAACAGCAGCAACCACAGCAGCAGCCGCAGCUGCUGCUGCAGCAGGCGCCACCGCCUGCUGCUGCUGCUGCUGCGUCUCCAGAGGAAGCAUUAAAGAGGAUAGAAGAAUUAGAGAAGGAACUGCAGCAGCAGCAGCAGCAGCAGCAGGAAGCAGCAUUAGCUGCCUCUAAGGGAAAUUUCCCCAAGGCUGUGCUGCAGGAGCGUGCACAGGUAGUGUUGCAGCAACUGCAGCAGCAGCAGCAGCAGCAGCAGGACUAUGACCACCCCGAAGGUGUACUUCCUGCUGCACUGUCUCCUCCUACUGCAGCACCUGUCUCCUAUAAGGUGUCUCCUUUUGCUGCUAAGGAGACAGAAAGGAGACACCCUGCCCUUUAUUCCCCUAAGGCAGCAGCAGAGAGGGAGCAUUAUAAGUUAUUAAAUGAGGAGCUGCAGCGUCGUUGUGUAGAGCUGCAGCAGCAGUUGCUGCUGCAGCAAGAGCAGCAGCAGCAGCAGCAGCAGCAGCAUGGUGCACUGCAGCGGGAAGAAAUAGGAUUUGCUGCAGCAAAGAUAGAAGAGAUGGAGAAAUAUGUUGCUGCUCUUGAGCAGCAAAACAAGGAAUUAAUAGAGACAGCAGCAGCAGCAAUGCAGCAGCAGCGUAAGGAGCAUGAGGAGGAGCUGCAGCAGCUGCAUCAAGGGAGACAGAAGGAAUUAGAGAAGCAGUUACAGCAGCAGACACAGCAGCACGAGCAGCAACUGCAGCAGCAGACACAGCAGCACGAGCAGCAACUGCAGCAGGAGAGGGAGCUUAUGGCCUCUUUCUUUAAGAAAGAAUAUAAUAAAGUAUUAGGGGAAGCAGAGGAGAGGGAGCAGCAGCUGCAGCACACGCAGAGUUUAUUAGCAGCAGCAAGAGAGCAGCAGCAAGGUGUGGAGACACUGCAGCAGCAGACAGUAGCAGCACAACAGGAAGCACAUAGAUUUGCUGCAGAGUGUCGUGCUGCAGUAGAAGAAAAGGAGACAGCAGCAGCAGCACUGCAGCAGCUAAGGGCAUUAAAGGCAGCAGCAGAGGAGGAGACACAGCAGCUAACUCGUUCCUUAGAGAAGCUGCAGCAGGAGACACAGCAGCUACGUGAGGAGCAGCAGCAGCAGCGGGAGCAGCUACAGAGGGAGAAGGAGUUGCUGCAGCAGCAACUGCAGCAAGAAAAGGACAAUAUGCAGCAAGAGCGUGAUAGGAUGAAUCUGCUGCUGCAGCAAGAAAGGGAGACACUGCAGCAGCAAGCAGCAAAAGAGAGACAGCUGCAUGCAAGAGAAAAGGACAGCAGCGCCAAGACACAGAGGGCCCUGCUGCAGCAGCUAGAGCAGCAGGAGAACGAAUCCUUAAUAAUUAAGCAGCAAGCAGCAGCAGCAGACAUAGAGAAGAAAGUAUUAGCAGCAAGAUGCGAGAGAUUAGAGAAGGAGCUGCAGCAAGGGCAACAGCAGCAACAGCAGCAACAGCAGCAGCAACAGCAGCACCGUAUAAUAACAACAGCAGCAGCAGCAGCAGCAAGACAAAAAAAAAUACGUAUAUUUAAUAAUAAACAUACAGAAAAGAUAAAGAAGCUGCAUGCAGCACAGCUAGAGGAACUGCAGCAAAAGUAUGCAGCAGCAAUAGCAGCACUAGAGGAAAAAGGGACAGAUAGGGCAGAUAAGAAGGCGUGUCUCCUUAAGGAGAGACUAGUACUAUUAGAGGAGGAAUUAGAGGAGAGGAGACAGCAGCAGCAGCAGCAGCAACAGCAACAGCAACAGCAACAACAACAAAUGCAGCAACAAAAAGUUGCUGCAGAGACACAGCAGCAACUGCUGCAGCAGCAAAUUGAUACACUACAAGGAGACAAGGAGACACUGCAGCAGCAACAUAAAAAAGAUAAAAAAGAAUUAAUAGAUAAAUUUAAUCAUAAAAUUAAAAUUGCUAAUGAUAAAGCUGCAGCAUUAGAGGAGCAACUAGAGGAAGAGAGACAGAAAAGGAGACAGCUGGAUAGAUUUCGUGUGUCUCUGCAGCAAAGGAUAGAAGAAAUAAAAGAAGAAGGAAAAGAUUUAUACAAAAGAUUAGGGGAAAUAACAGCAAAGUACGAGGCAGCAAGGAGCAGCAGAGACAGUGCAUUAGAGCAGCAGCAGCAGCUGCAGCAAGAGAUAAGAAAAUAUAAACAGCAGCAACAGCAGCAGAAUAGAGAUGCAGCAGAUAUACAGCAGCAAGUAUAUAUGCUGCAGCAACAACUGCAACAAAAAAAUAAAUUAUUAGAUAAAAAAGAAGAACAAUUAAAUGCUGCUGCUGCUGCUGCUGCUAAAAAGAGACAGUCUCUUCUUGCUGCAGCAGAUAAAUCUAAAUCCUUACAAGAAGCACUUGAUGCAGCAGCAGCAGAAGCAGCACAGAAGCAGCAAGAACUUAAUGCAUGCCAGAAGAAGCUGCAGCAGAAGGAGCAGAUGAUAGAGGAACUACAAGGGGAGCUAGAGGGACUAGAGGGGAGACAGCAGCAAUUGCUGCAGCAAGGGAAGGCCCUUGCUGCAGCAAAAGCAGAGAAUGAUUUGCUGCAGCAGGAGACAGAUAGUCUCCGUGCUGCACUAGCAGAAGCAAGAAGCAAAAGUGCAGCAGCAGCAGCACAAUUAGCAGCAAAAGGUGUUGAAUUAGAGAAACUACAAAGAGACACAGAGACUGCCAAAUCCGACGUGAUGGCUGCAUCUGUAUUGGAGGGGAAGAAAGCAGCAGAGCGUUUAUCUAAGGCGGAGGCAUUAGUAGAGGAGUUACGUGAGGGUAUAGCAGGAGAGAGGGAGAAGGCAGCAGCAGCAGCAGCAGCAGCAGCAGCAGCACAAGCAGCAGCAGCACAAGCAGAACAAAAAGCUAAAUUAUUAGGAGAAAGGGUUUUGCUGCUAGAGGAAGAUCGCAACAGAUUAGAGACACAAUUAACACAUAAAACACAAACAGCACAAGAAGCAAGUGCCGAAGCAGCAGCAGCAGUUCAGUCAUUAAGAGAAGUAAUUGAUGAUUUUAAUAGAAGACAAGAACAAAUGAAGGGAAUGAUGGAGACAAUUAAUAAUAAGACUGCUGCUGCUGCUGCUGCUGCUGCUGCAGCUCCUGCUGCUGCUGGUGCUGCUGCUGCUGCUGAUUCACACUCGCGUCUUGUUGAAGAGAAACUCUCAGCAGCAGCAGCUGUCUCUGAACAGGUGCAGCAGCUCAGCCAGCAGCUAGCGGAUCUUGCCAAGCAGCAGCAGCUGCAGCAGCAGCUGCAGCAGCUUCCUUCAGCAAGGGGUGGAGCAGCAGCUGCAGCACCAGCUGCUGCAGCAAGCAGCAACAACGAGGCUAUGCAUAUUAUUAAACAGCUAGUAGAUCUUCUCUCUUCUCCUAAGGAGCAGCAGAGACGGCAGCUAGAGGACCUGCAGCAGCAGCUUCCCUUCGCAGCAGCAGCACCACCACCAGUAGCAGCAGCAGCACCACCACCAUCAGCAGCAGCAGCACCAUCAGCAGCAGCAGCAGCAGCAGCAGUGCCUCCCUCAUGCGAAGCAAGACGUCUAGGUAAUAGUAUAGUGUCUUGGAUACUAAGAAGAAGAGGAAGCAUCCCUGGUGUCUCCUUGCUGCAGCUGCUGCAGCAAGUGUCUCCUUUUAUAGGUAUAGAGGAGACAAUUAAUAUUAUAUGUAAUAUAAAGGAUUAUUUGUCUCCUUUAAUGGGUAUAGAGGCUAUAUCUAGAUUAGUGUCUCCUCCUUCUCGUGCUGCUGCUAUAUGGGAGCAUGCAUGCAGCAGCAGCAGCAGCAGCAGCAGCAAUAGUAGCGGCAGCAGCAGCAGAAAGGGGACACCACUCAACCCUGCAGCGGAGCAGCAACUGCAGCAAGCUGUGCAGCAAAUACAGCAGCUAGCAGCAGCAAGAGCAGGGGCUGUUCCCCUCAAGCAGCAGGAGGCCCCUGUUGCUGCGCUGCUGCAUGCAGCCCCACAGGCAAACCCUAUGUCUGUUGUGCAUGCAACAAGAGGAUUGGGGCCCCUAAUAGAUAAUGCGGCUUCCUUGCUGCUGCUGCAGCAAGCAAAGACAGCAGGGGCCCCCCCUAUUGAGUUAGCUGCUGCUGCUUAUCGUUGUUUACCUAAGGAGGAGGCCCUUUCCUUCUGUGCAUCACUGCAGCAGCAGCAGCAGCAGCAGCAUGGCACUCAGCUGCCACAGCAGCAGCAACUUGAACUCAUAGAGGAGCUGCUGCUGCUGCUGCAGCAGGCGCUGCAGCUAGCUGCCAAGACACCCCAACAACACGCACAACAAUUCUUCCUGGGGCCCCACACUCCCCCUCCUUGUGGCGCAACAGCUGCGACCCUGGCAGGUUUGCUGUUGCUGCAGCAGCAGCUGCAGCAGCAGCAGCUGUUGCUGCAGCAGCAGCUGCAGCAGCAGCAGCAGCAACCGUAG